AUUAACCAAUAGGAUUGAUGCACUAAGAAGAGUGUUACAAGAAUGUGAUUGGCUGAAAGAAACAAACCGAAAACUCAGCUAGCUCAGGCUCAGACGCGCUCGACUGUCGUUAGUCACUCAGUCCUUAGACGGCAGAUUGACUUGAACUGUUUUAGCUUUUCUACGGAGUUACAUUGUUAGCGCCGGUGUUUUUUCAAUUGAUAAUUUCUUGGGUAAAAGUUGAUUGUUUUUGACAAUAAAAAUGUCAAAAAAAAACCAAAGAAACGGAUUUUACUAUUUUAUGCUAGAUUUUAAAAAAAGAGAAGAAAAAAAUGGAAGUAAAUUUGCUAGCUUAACUGAAAUUCAAGCUAAUGCCAAGUGUAGUAAGGAAUGGCAAGAUUUGUCAGCUGACCAAAAAAAAAUGUACAACAGUAAAGCAAAAAAAAACACCCAAGAAAAAAAAACCGGUCUUGGUGAAUCAGUGAAGACAUUAGAAAAACGAGAGGCAGAAAAUGUAAAAUAUGAAACAAAUAUGAGAGAGUACAUUGACACUACAAUUAGACAGGACAUUUAUACCAACCGAAUUAAAAUUAUAUCAUUCUAUUUUAUUCAUGUUCACUGGUAUUACACCAAGAUAGAUAUGGAAAAUGUUAUUGAUUACAUACCGGCUGAAUUUGCAGUCGUUGAAUUUUCUUUGACUGAAGGUGUGAAGAGAUGUUUGCACGAAAUUAUUGCACCCAACAUUGAAAUAGGUUAUACAAGAGAAGCUAUGGAACAUUCUGAUGAGGCCCACAAAAUUGACAUUUACCGAACUGGUCCCGAGACUAAUUACAAAGAUUUAUACCAAAAAUUUGUUGACUUCAUGUCACUUGGAGAUAAAUCAAUGAAGAAACUCCCACCUUUGUAUACGACAAACAAAAUGAAGACUGUUGUUCCUUGUUUCUUCCAACGGAUGACUGACGCAGCAGGUGUUCCUAUUGAUACAUUCGACCUGUAUUCAUUGGAAUACUUGUUUGGUACUCUGAUGAUGGCAUUAAAUGAUGAGUUUCCGGAGUUCGGGAAUCGUACUUUGUUAGCCGAGGCUGAAUUAAAUAAGGGAGCUUUCGAUUACGUACAAAAUAUCGGAUGUCAAUAUCACAACGAGCUUUUUGAUAUUGGAAACUUGUGCAGUCAAUCUAUUGCAAUUCAAUGGGUGUACACACUGUGUGAUGCAUUGUGUCCGCUAUUAGAAAUUGAAAUGAUUGACGGAAUACACUGCCCUGAUAAAGAUAUUAACUCAUUGGAAGCAAGGAUGAACUCACUUAGUGUCAAAGAGUACAAGUACAAGACCAUUCGUUCUGAAACUGGGGUUAGUGAGGCCUAUCGUUUAAAGGCCGGUGCACGUACCAGAGAAGAAAAUGAACAGCGUAAAAGAGCAGGUGGAUCUUUGACAAUUACUUAUGGCCAGACUGAGACAAAUACUUCAAUUUUUGUUCCUUCAGCUAGUUCAUCAGUGUCUAAUUAUAUAGCAGUGGGAAGUUCAAGUCGGAUACCUAUUUCACUGUCCGAAGUACUUGUGGGAGUUGAAGCUAAUCUGGAACCUAAUGAUGACGAUUUUCCCGCGAUUGGCUCCUCUAAAUUCAAGUCACGUUCAAAAAAAAAUUAGACUGAGUCAAAAUUACGCAUUCAAGUUAAAGGACUAUUUUUCUAAAACGAACUAUAUUUUAUAGUUCAUUAUGAAUUUUUUUACUUUUAUAUUCAAUACUUAACUAAUUUAUUACUAUGAUUAUUAUGAUAAUAAUAAUACAUUAUUCUUUUUUAUAAUUGAUAAUUGAAAACAUGAGUGUAUGAAUUUCUCGCAUUUUUUCGCGCAUAGUUUUUUUUACACUUAAUUUUUGCAAGAGAUAUUUCUACAUGUAUUGUUUAUAAGCAUUACAUAACAGUUAGUAUAAAUACUUUAAUUGAAAUUUUUAUUUAAUUAACUAUACUUUUUCUUACAAAGCCUCAAUUACUCAUGUUUUCAAUUAUAAAGACUAUUCAUAAUUAAUAUGAUAAAUAACUUCGAUAAAUUCAUAUUUACACUGUCAAAUUUGAGUGCGUGUACUAAGUUUUAUAUGUAUUGUCUUGUUCAAAUACAAUCAUUGUCAAUGUA